CGCGACUCCAACUUCCAAGUUUGCACAGACGAAGGGUGCACUGGCAGCAUGCCUCUUUCAAUGUUUCAUGGCAUCGCGGCAGAGAUGCACCUCCUCCCUAGCUAGUAGCUGCAAUGCGGGGCCAAUGCCGCAACAGGAGGUGCAGCAUUCACAAUUGGUCGUUUCCUGAGCAUCUAGCUGCGAGCCCGCCGCUGCAUCUCGUUCAUGGUCAUGUCCACCAGUUCGUGUCCUACUUUUCAUCAGGUCUGCUGCAUUGCAAUUAAACAGCCAACAUUUUGGGAGUGUGUGCAUCAUCCACUUCUCCAGCCAGAUAAUUGACCGGUGCAGAACGCUCGCAGAACCAGCACCUUCGCAUUCACGUUCAGCUGCCGUGCUUUCAAUCAAUGCCAACUCAGCGCGCGCUGCCCUAGCGCCUAGUUCUCCCGCUCGUGGAACUUAUGCACUGCAUUUCUCCAGCCAGCAUUGUGGCUCUGUGAGUGUCAGCCACCAUGUCGCGAGCUCUCUCGCUACGGGCACUCUUUCGUGCACAUCCCCCCCUCCGCCUUCUCCACCGAUUGCCCCGCGAACCAGCUGGCGUUGCCUUAAAUGAUGUCACCGGAUUCACUGCGGCAAUCGCUCUCAACCAACCUAUAAGAAUGCACCACUCAAGGGCGCUGGGGCCAUUCUCGCAUUGGGGAAAUGCCACUAGGGGCAAAUUAAUUGAUAAAGCUCCUCGCAACGGCCUUGCGUCAUUGGCCCCCUGGUGGCAAAUGAGCUCUGUACGGUGCAUGAGUGCGGGCAGCCCAGAGCAUGUCACGGUUGAGGAAGACCCGGAUGAUGUGCGAUAUCACCACACCAUCAGAAGUGGCAGGCACGUGCUGAAGGGUGACCUCGCGCCGGAGUCUGGGGGGACUGAUGAAGGUCCAUCGCCAAAGGAGCUGCUAAUGUCAGGCCUUGGACUCUGUACAUCAAUGACGAUUCGAAUGUAUGCAGACAGAAAGAAGUGGCCCCUCGAGCGGGUGAACGUGGAGGUCAGGGAGUUCACUAAGCCAGGGGCCCACGUACCUGAGGAGCUGCUGGUGACGGUGCAUCUGACAGGGCCUCAGCUGACGUACGCGCAGCGCGCGCGCCUGCACGAGAUUGGAGACCGAUGUCCAGUCAAGCGGAUGAUCAAGGGCGAGAUGCCCAAGGGGAUUUCCAGCGUGCUUGCGGGCAGGGAUCUUGACCACGUGAUAGAGUAGAUUUGACGUAGCCUGGUCACAAUCGGAAACUCUGUACAUAAAUCUUUGUCGACAAGAUGUCCCGGCCACUAUAAAUGAUCCAAGAUUCAUCAGGUCUACCUGCAAAGCAGGCAGUGUGAACGCGGCUCAGGUACAAGCCUCUCCUUUAUAAUCUAAGCACGCUUAUAUGAGUGUCUGAACAAGGUAAGCAGCUCACGUAGGCUGACGUCACAACCAGAAUUCUGUGGAAGAAGGCAGCGGGCGCUUGCAUGCUUGCUUAUCAGCAGCGGCACCAGCGGACUUCGUGACCAGUCAGAAGCUGUCUAGUCGUGUAGCUACUGUGCCGUCCGCAAUGGUACAUAAAGACUUUCAACGAAGAACUCUGUCAGUGCGUGGUCUGAUCCAUGUUCUAGGCUGUGGCCGGUUACAUUCAUGCAAUGAUCGAUCGAUGCAUGUCUCGUG